AUGCUCCACCACCUAAACACCCUCCUCAUCCACCUCCACCUCCGCCGCUCCUCCCCCUGGUCCCCCCUCACCCCCCUCGACUGGCUCCUCGCCUCCCCCCUCCAAUACCUCACCUCCCUUCUCUACCGCCACAUCCUCCUCCCCCUGCGGGGUUCCCCCUUCCGGCCUCCACCACGAUAUACCGGGGGUCAACGCGGGGCGAUACGCGUCGUCUGUCUCUCGGACACGCACAAUAUCAUCCCAUCCCCCGACAGUGUGCCAGAGGGGGAUUUGUUGAUUCACUGCGGGGAUAUGACGGUGGACGGGACCGUGGGGGAGAUACAGAGGCAGGUGGAUUGGUUGAGGGGGUUGCCGCAUCGGUGGAAGGUGGUGGUGGGGGGGAAUCAUGAUUCUUGGGUUGAUGAGGUGGUUAGGAAGAGUAUGUCGAGUGGGGGGAAUGGUGAGGGAGAGAAAGAAGGGGGGGAGAAAGGGGAGGGGGGUGAGAAAAGGGAAGUGGAUUGGAGUGGGGUAGAGUAUUUGUGUGAUCGGGGGAUGGAGUUGGAGUUUGAGGGGGGGAGGAAGUUGAAUGUUUAUGGCUGGGGGGCGGUGCCGUGGUGUGGAGAGGGGUUUGCACUGCAAUAUCAACGAGACAAACACCCGUGGCAAGGCCGCAUCCCGGAUGAGACGGACGUGCUCAUCACUCACACGCCUCCGCGCCACCACCUCGACCUAGACCUCGGCUGCGCAGGCCUGCUGGACGAAGUCUGGCGCGUAAAGCCCAAACUGCACGUGUUUGGCCACGUCCACUACGGCCACGGGCGCGAGGCCGUCUACUACGACGAGUGCCAGCGCGCAUACGAGUCGCUCAUGGCGCGGCCGGCCAACGGUAUCCUCGGUGAUAUCAUACCAAGCGCCCGGUGGUUUGAUGCCUUUGAUGUGAUCUGGUAUGGCGUUGGGUGUAUUCUGUGGAAAUGGAUUAUGCUUGGCCCAGGGACGAAUAAUGGGGGGUUGAUGGUGAAUGCGUCGCUGAUGUAUGGGGAUAGUGGGAGGUUGGGGAAUCCGGUGACGGUGGUGGAUUUGUAG